ACACUUUCUUCCUCCUUCACACUCCAAUUCUAGACUUCUCUUCUCUCCUCUGCCUCUUUCACCAUCACAAUGAGGCAAUCACCAGCACUCACCUCCAUAUUCGCAAUCCCUCUCUUGCUAUUAUUCCUAUUCCCCUCUAGCAAUGCACACAAUAUCACCCAAAUACUUGCCCAACACCCCGAGUUCUCGACCUUCAAUCACUAUCUCACCAUCACCCACCUCGCCUCUGAGAUAAACCGCCGCCUCACCAUCACUGUCCUCGCCGUGGACAAUGCUGCCAUGUCAUCCCUCCUCUCCAAACACCUCUCUGUCUACACCAUUAAGAACGUGCUCUCCCUCCAUGUCCUUGUCGAUUACUUUGGUUCCAAGAAACUCCACCAAAUCACAAAUGGUUCUGCCUUGACUUCCUCCAUGUUCCAGGCCACAGGCUCAGCCGCUGGUUCCUCAGGCUACGUGAAUGUCACCGACCUUAAAGGUGGUAAAGUUGGGUUUGGUGCUGAAGAUAGUAAUGGCAAUCUUGAUGCUGUCUAUGUGAAGUCCGUGAAGGAGAUUCCUUACAAUAUCUCCGUCUUACAAAUCAGUCAGGUAUUAACUUCCACUGAAGCUGAAGCACCAACACCAGGUCCAGGCCAGCUGAAUUUAACGGCUAUAUUGUCCAAGCAAGGCUGCAAAGCAUUUGCCGACUUAUUAAUAGCUUCAGGAGCCGACACAACAUUCCAGGAAAACAUUGACGGAGGUUUAACAGUUUUUUGCCCAACCGACACUGUUAUUAACGGCUUCAUGCCUAAGUACAAGAAUUUAACAGCACCACAAAAGAUAUCAUUACUGUUAUAUCACGGAAUUCCUGUGUACCAGUCUAUACAAAUGUUGAAGUCAAAUAACGGAAUCAUAAACACGUUAGCAACUGACGGAGCUAACAAAUAUGACUUUAACAUCCAAAAUGACGGCGAGGAGGUUACGUUGAAGACGAAGGUUGUAACGGCAAAAUUAACGGGGACGUUAAAGGAUGAAGAGCCGUUAGUGGUUUAUAAGGUUGAUAAGGUAUUGUUGCCUAGAGAGUUGUUUAAGGUUGCACCAACAACAAAGGCUGAGGCACCUAAGGCCGCCAAAGAGGCCGCCGCAGCAACACCGGCAGCCGAUUCGCCUGAGGGUGAUGAUGUGGGGAAUCAGACGGCUGAUAACAAUGGGGCUAGUGGAUUGGACGGUGGGAGAUUGAUCAUGGUGAUUUUGAGUUUUUGUGUGGGGUUUUUGGCUCUAUGAUUAGUGGACUAGUGGUGUAACGUUAAUAUCACAUGAGUGUGACACCCUGGCGCUACAUAAAAAGUUCCAUUGCUAUACAGCUUUCAUCGUGAGAGAUUUGAUUUUUUUUUUUUUUUUUGGGUACUUUUAAUAUUACAUUUUAAUUAUGGAAAAAAAGAAAAAAAGAAAAAAGAAAAGAAAUAACGAGCCCCAUUUGCUCGGGCCCUUUCAUAAUUUAUUUGAUUUGUCUUGAUGUAUAUCAUGUGUUGUAUAGUGCCAUUCAGUUGUCAUGUCUAUGUGAUCUGUAAAGAGCACAAAAUUUCUA